CACUCUAGUUUGUUGAAAUACCAAAUAUAAUCCGUAUGGGGAGUGGGUACUUAUAUGGCCGUGAGGGCUACAAAGACAAUGAGUACCAAGGAAGAAGUCGAGGCUUUGACCAGUAUGGGUCAAGAAGUAGAAGCACUGAUCGAGAUAUGGACAGCACAUAUGAAGAUGAUGGCAAAUAUUCUUCUAGUAAUGCACAUGAGACAUUGACACGGCUUGCGUCGAAACUGGAGAAAUUGCUAAGAACGAAUGCAAAGCCCUCGUUGAAACUUAUGAUUGAAGAGGCAACAAGGCAAGCCAAAGAAGAUGAGGAGAAGAUCAAGGUGGAAUUUUUACAAUCAACUAGUUCUGGAAGAUAUGAAACUAUGGGACACAAUAUGAGAAUGUGUAAGCAAUCUCAGCCAAUUAACGAUGUACAGAAGCGAAAAACGAUGAUCUAA